UGCGCUCGGAGCGGAGGGUUGAGCUAACGCUUAGCAGGAAGCUAAAACCGACAGAUACCGUUAAAACCCGUUAAAUCUACGUUAAUAAACCCGUUAAUCAGACCGGAGAUGGACUCGGACUCGCUGUUUUUCUCUCUGGAACUCGUCACCGGAAGCGGAAACAGUCUGAGUCUGGAGCAGAAAGCCGCGCUGCAGACGUCCUUAGUGAUCCUGAAGAAAAACUACAAGUUCCAGAGAGUUUUAUUCUGGGGAAAAAUCCUGGGACUGAGGCAGGAUUAUUUUAUAGCGCAGGGCCGAGGGCAGGACGAGCUGCGGGACCGGAAGUACCUGUACAGCUUUAACUGCAUGGACUGGCUCCUGCUGCCUGCGGCUACAGACUCGAUGAUCUCUGAAGUGUCCAAAGCGGCUCGAGGUCGAUUCAUCGGAGAUCCUUCGUUUGUUUACGAACGCGCCGAGGUCAACAGGAAGUCAGAGGACAGAGUGGUGAACAAGGUGAAAGAGGAGACGAGGCUCUCGGUGACGGUUCAUCAGAUCGAUCAGGAGGUUUCUGUGGUUCCUCGAGGUUCCUUCAUCAGGAACCAUCAGGGCCUCGUCCUCGUCAACCGCAGCUUCACCGGUCUUUCUGAGUCAGAAUCCAGAAAACUGGACAGUUUUCUUCACUUCAGGGAAGCAAAGAACCCGAAGCAGAGAUCCGUCCUGCAGAACCCGGCCGUGGACUUCCUGGAAGUCCUGAGUGACGACAUUCCUAAAGGCUCGUGGAGCGUCCAGUGUGAGUUUGCCAGCAGAGUGUGCGUCCUGCGCAGCCUGCUGUGGCUCGGACUCACCUUCUACCACCUGCCCGGGACGCCUCAGCACGGAUACGUCUACAUGGGAGACGGAACCAAGAACCUGGACCUUCCCUUCAUGCUGUGAGGUUCAAAUAAAACGUCCUAAAACAAACAAA